UAUUAAAAUAUUAACACAACAAACUCUAUUUUUUGUGAAGAAAUUGUACGUUCCCAUAAUUAAAUAUGGCUUCCUUACAAUAUUCAUCUCUGAAAAAUCCCACACACAAAAUCCAAACUCUCCAGCACGUGACGUCAUCGUCUUCUUCCUCAAACAUCACCACCAAAACCAGAAAAAAUGUCCCUCCGAACAAAACCAGUACUCAUAAUUAUAAAUUCCAAACAAACAAGCGUACGGCUGCAGUAAUUAAAAUGGCGGCAACUCUUUCCUCCAGCUUAGAAACCGAUCACGACCAAGACGAGCUCAGCCCCGAAGACCACCGCCCCCUCAGCCAAAUCUGGAGAGAGAUCUCCGGCGAAAACAACUGGCAAAAUCUGCUGGACCCGAUGAACUCCCAUCUCCGGCGAGAAAUCAUCCGCUACGGCGAGAUGGCCCAGGCAUGCUACGACUCAUUCGACUUCGACCCGAACUCCAAGUACUGCGGCACGUGCAAGUACCAGGGGUCCCACUUCUUCGAGAAGCUGGGCAUGGCGGGUCGGGGCUACACCCUGACCCGUUUCCUCUACGCCACCUCCAACAUCAACCUCCCCAACUUCUUCCAGAAGUCCAGCGCCGCCGGCAGCGUCUGGAGCCCCCACGCAAACUGGAUGGGCUACGUGGCGGUCUCCACCGACGAGGAUGAGGUGCGCCGCCUCGGCCGCCGCGACGUGGUGGUGGCGUGGCGGGGCACCGUCACCUACCUGGAGUGGAUCCACGACCUCAAGGACAUACUCCGCCCCGCCCACUUCCGCAACGACCCGUCCAUCAAGAUCGAAUCCGGGUUCUUCGAUCUCUACACCUCCAAGGAGAAGACGUGCAACUACUGCGCGUUCUCCGCACGCGAGCAGGUCCUGGCUGAGCUCCGGCGGAUCAUCCAGCGCUACUCCGGAGAGAAUCUCAGCAUCACGAUCACCGGGCACAGCCUCGGCGCGUCGCUCGCGCUGCUGAGCGCGUACGACAUAGCCGAGAUGAAACUGAACAUCGUCGACGACGGACAGGAGAUUCUGAACAAGAUUCCGAUCACAGUGUUUUCGUUCUCCGGCCCGAGGGUCGGGAACCUAAAGUUCAAAGAAAGGUGCGAGGAGCUGGGGAUCAAGGUUCUGAGAAUCGUGAACGUGCACGACAAGGUCCCGACAGUCCCCGGGAUAAUCGCGAACGAGAAGUUCCAGUACCAGAAGUACAUAGAGGACGCGAUUUCUUUCCCGUGGAGCUACGCGCACGUGGGGGUGGAGCUGGCGCUUGACCACAAGCGCUCGCCGUUUCUGAAGAAAACGAGCGAUCUGCGAUGCGCGCAUAAUCUGGAGGCGCAUUUACACCUAGUGGACGGGUACCACGGCAAGGAUCGGAGGUUUUGUUUGGUGGAGAAGAGAGAUAUUGCUCUUGUGAACAAAUGCUGUGAUUUCUUGAAGGGUGAGUUUGGCGUGCCGCCGAAUUGGUGGCAGGACGAGCAUAAGGGGAUGGUGAGGAGCGGCGACGGGCGGUGGGUUCUGCCGGAGCGGCCGCGUGUAGAAGCGCACCCCGCGGACACGGCUCACCACUUUGAGCAAGUGAUUAAGUACGCUAGGGCCAAGCUGGAAUUAUUCUGAUGACGUGUCAUGAUUAUUAUGUUAUUUUAGUGGUUGUGGUGGUGCUGACUCAGCUACGUACUUCCAUACAAUAAUUAUGUCAUUUGAAUUUCCAUUUAAUUUUUUUUUUUGGUAAAUUACGCCUACACCGUUGAGAUAUGUUUAAAAUAAUUACUUUA